GUGUUUGUGUGCGUGUGCGCGGAGAUGUGUGUGCGCUGCAGGCUGGAGCUGCGCUCAGCGCUCCACUCCCCGCCUCGCUGUCAGUAGCGCUUGGAACCAGACGUCUGCAGACCGCAGCGCUGUCCCUUCAGCCCCAGCCUCCUGCGCCCAGUCCUGCAAGCUCGGCCCGACUCUCCGAGUGGUUUGCAGUCUGGAAAGUGAGUUCCAAGAAUGGUGAAGCUGGGGAGUAAUUUGAGUGACAAGAACAGCAAACAACCAUCCGGUGAAGAUGGUUUUCAGACAGUUCCUUUGAUCACGCCCUUGGAAGUAAAUCACCUUCAGUUCCCAGCUCCGGAAAAGGUGAUCGUGAAAACAAGAACAGAAUAUCAGCCUGACCAGAAGAACAAAGGAAAACUCAGAGUGCCAAAAAUUGCUGAAUUCACAGUCAGUUUCACCGAUGGCGUAACAGAAAGAUUAAAGGUCACUAUUCUCAUAAGUCUGGCUCUUGCAUUCCUUGCCUGCAUAGUCUUUCUUGUGGUAUACAAAGCCUUUACUUAUGACCACAGUUGCCCAGAUGGAUUUAUUUAUAAGCAUAAGAGAUGUAUCCCAGCCUCCCUGGAUGCCUAUUACUCAGCACAGGAUUCCAACUCCCGGGGCAGAUUUUAUACAGUCAUAAGCCAUUACAGCAUGGCUAAGCAAACCAGCUCACGGUCUGUAUCGCCCUGGCUUUCUUCGGGAUCGGUAAACCAUGAAGCCAAGGCUGCCAAGACAGAAGGCCAUUAAAGCUACUCAUUGGUGAUGGGAGGGGUUGGGAGUGGGGAAACACCGUGUCUAUAAAGUGUCACUCUGCUUCAGAGAGGGUGCUGUGCUCACAGCACAACAAGAAUAAACUAAACUCAAGUGCAGGAGACAUCUUAAUUGAUAUUUUUUUUUGUGCAUUGUUCUCGUUGAUUUGUAACCGAGUCAAGCUCUUGUACAAAGGCAUGUUUGAUGUUGACUGUAACUUACGAUGUAAAAAUAUUUUUAAAAUCAUUGCUUAAAUAUUUGUUAGAAAAAUGAUUUAAAAAACAAAAAAAGCAAAUUCAGAAAACAACCAGAGAGGAUGGAAUCAAGCAAAAAGAAUCACACGGAAGCUGUCUGUUUGGUAGAAUGUUGGGGCCCCUGAGCAGUAUGUAACAGAAGAACAUUUGAAUACAGGUGACUGGGCAGCUAAACUUGCCAAAGUGGGCUCCUUCCACUGGCAAAGUGGGCUGCACAAAAUAUGGUAUCAGCAUUAGUUUGUGACUAGAGAAAUCUACACACACGUGCAUACACUAAGGUCUGAAUUAAAAACAGAUAGGUCUAGCUAUCUGGAAUACACAGUCAUGGUAUUAGAGAUCUGCAGUGAGUUUUUGAGGAUUCCGUGUUUGGGACAUAGAGCAGGACAAGGAAGCUGUUGUGUCUAAAUCACUAAUUGGUUCUUCAGCAUGAAUUUGAGAACCUGGCUCUAUUCCCAGUUUUGCAACAGAUUACCUGUUUAUAGUUGAGCAAGUCACAUGGGGCCUGAUCCUUUGCGGUGCUGAGAACUUCUUUGGGGAGCAAUGAAACAAAUAACCUCAUUGCAAAUCUAGGAUGCUUAGCACUUACAGGAGAGGGGUUAGCACCUUAAAGGUUCAAGCCUGCUCUGUGUCUCUUUUUCUCUUUGUCCUUAUUUCAUGGACUCUUACUUAUAUGGGAAGUGUGAGGGUUUGCCUGUUGGUAUGUAAAGUAUUUGGAGAGUUAAUGAUAGAGAGUGCAAUCAAAGUUCAAAGUAUUAGCUGACCUAUAAACCUGUGAAUGUAAAAACAAACCACAAGCCGAGUUCCGUCGUAAACCAAUCUAGUAUCUACCAUGUAAAUUAAUCUGAGCAAGCACAUCUGUUUUGGAAGACUUGAGCAAAAGGAAUGCUCUUUUCCAGAGCUGCCACCCAAAACAUAGCAGUGUGACAGUUAAAAUACUUGGGCUCACAUUCAGCUUGAGUUCAAAAGAAUAAGUACCAGCAGUAGGGCAAGACAAAAGUUUGGGUUUGAAGUUUAAGGUUUGCAUUUCACCAAGUUUGCUAAUCAGAUUUGUGGGUAUUGUGGGCUAGAAACGGGGAGCCAAGUCCAUUGGGCAGAGUCUUGUCCUUCAUUCUGCACACACACUGUUCCCAAGGGUUUGAAUAGGGCUAGCCUGGCAAGUGGGGGCAAGACUGAGCUGACAGGAGUCAUGACAAGCAAUUGUGUAGUAUAGCUAAAACUAUAGUGUCAAACCCCAUCGUCUGCCUUCCCCGCUCCAUAUUUCACCUGUAAAUUCAUUUCUCACUUGAAAUGUACAAACCCCACCACAGAAAAAUGAAAACUCCAACAAAUACUGAACAAUUUAUUAUUUUGUGGUGUGUGUUUUGUCAGUAGGUAGCAGAGACUGAAGUAUUUUUUGGUGUAAUUCUUGAACUUUUCUGACAAGAAAAAUAAAGCUAGAUGUGUCUGAGAGUCUCAA